GAAGAAAUAUAUUGAAAGUGAACUAGAAGCUGCAAGACGAUGGUCUCACAAAUGGGGAUUCCUGAAAACACCUCCUGAGGAGUUGAUUGAAGAGGAAAAGAAAGAAAAUACAAAGCCCAAGAUACAGCUUCCAGAACAUCUUCAGGUUCGACCUGUGACACCUGUGGAAAAAUACAUUAAGGUGAUUCCAUCUCCUCCAGUACCUAAGACGACCCAGGGAUUUAUUGGCUGGAGAUCAGCUGUUCCAGGGUUGGAACUUGAACGUGGUUUUCAAAUCCAAAGCUGCAAAGGUACCUUUUUUAAGGAUUUGAAGUGGCCAU